AUGGGUUGCUCAAAUGCUCGUUUGUUGGUGCAAACACCAUUAUCUGACACAAAUAACGCUACCAACUUGAACGUCAAUAACUCUUUCAAUCCAGCCUCAGCACCAGUAGCAGUGCCGAAUGAAUUUAAUGCACCCGGCACUGCUGCUGCGGCCGCCGCCACAGCUACUGAUACAAAUCCAACAACAUCAACUCGAAUGCAUCUAACCGGUGUCGAUCUUGUUGUUGAAAGAAACGGUUCCUAUACGCUUUUACUCACACCGAGAACUCAUAAGCAGUUAAUGCCCUAUGUCCUACGAAAGAAACGAUUUCGAAUUCUCGUUGAUAAACCGCGCUCUGAAGGACUAGCAACUGUGAAUCCACCAUUAUCAUCUUAUGAUUUAUCCAAUACAGACCGAACUAUGGAAAGUGGCAAAGAAUUAAAACUUAGCGAAAAGAAGAAUAAGAAGCAUAAUAAACAAAAGAUGGAAUCGACUAUCGAAGCUGUUCAACAAGCUGCAUCGGAUGAGCUUGAUAAAGCAAAAGCUCGUUUUAUUGGCGGUCGAAGCAUCGAUCGUGGUGAUCCGGAAGAUGAAGAUGGUACCAUUCAAUCCGACGAUGAAGGUAUGAUCGAAGAAAUCGUCACAACUGUCGAAGAAGACAAAGAUCUCGAAUGUAAAGUGAAGAAGAAAAUCGAAACAAAGAAAACCGUUGCACAAGACCCCGAAACACAUAACAAAAUAACUAAAGUUGUGAAGACUGAAGUCACCGAAAUCACACGAACCAUAACCAUCAAUGACCAACAUGAUCUCGAACGUGCAAAACGAGAAUUAGGCAUCGAUGAUGUGAAUAAACUAUUACCAUCAACCCAAAUUAUCUAUAAUCUCCCAUCAACAUAUCACUCAUCAUCGUCAUGGGUCGAUCAUCCACGUAUAACUCAUGUUCAAGAGAAAUAUUACGAACCAUCGAAUGAAAUUGUUACAUCAGGUGAUUUUCCAUCUGAUAGUCCAGUUAAACAACAUUCACCCACCAUGGAACUGAAUGAAAACGAUAUCAAAGUUGAUCAACCAUUAGCCGAUGCAACAACUGUUGGCCGUGGUCCAGUUGCUGAAACAGUGUCAUCGUCGACAACAGCACCUGCAUCAACAGCAACUGUUGAACAGAAAACAGUUGAAACAAAGAAGAAAAAGAAGAAAUCUAGUCUGAAUUUAUGUUCAUGUACUCGUAGUACAGCCACUGAUGUAGAUGAAGAACAACGUAAACAGAAAGCGGCAACGAUUGUUGAACAAAAAUCCAAACAGAAAAAGAAAGCAUCAGUUACAACAACGAAUGCGCUUCUUUCCUCCUCGAAUCUUCAAUCACCAGCUCAAGUUCAACCAUUAAUAUCUGACGAUAUCAAAAAUUUAAUGACCGAGAAAAAAACUCUUUUAAUCGAUUAUAUUCAUUCGAAAGUCUUCGUUCCAUCGAAACUAUUCACGACAAAUGACCAGGAUGCUAAAGGAAGAAAGAUUUCUUCACGAAUCUACGAACUUCUCUCUCAUGAUCGUUGCUCAUCAUGGACAAAUUUAUUCGAACAACUCAAAGAUGAAUAUUCAGAUGAUCUAGCUCCAAACAUAUUCAUUCAACCAAUGGUGAAAACUUAUCAAGAAUUAUUUACUAAUAAACAAGCGAAUAUUCUCAACACAUUUGCGACAAUUCACAAUGAUAAAGAUAUAAAAAAUCUUCCUGAAAAUCACGAUUACAUAACCAUCGUUCAAACAUAUCUUAAUGAACGUGAUAAUCAACCGAAUAUUACUGUUGUUGCCAAACCAUUUGUUGAAAACAUUGAAGACACACUUGAACGUUUACAACAUCAUGUUCAACCAGACGAAAAAGUGAUCACCGAACAUAAAAAACAAGAACCAUUAGUGCAUUCAAAAGAAAUCGAUAUGUCUGAUGAUGUGGAGAAAAAUACACCUGUGUACGAUGAAGAACAAUUAGUCAAAGCACUCGCCGAGAUUUCGCCACACAAGCCAAUUACACUAGCUGAAGCAAUCGCUUAUCAAUAUCUUGAUCUGGAUAAUCCUAAACUUGGCCUGUCAACCGAUACAAUUGAACGAAUCAAACAUUUAUUUCGUCCUUUAUCAAAAGAUGAUGAAUCAACCUUGAAUUUGAUACGCAUUAAUCGGGCUGGUCAAUAUUUGGCUGAUUUUAAUCUUGCUGAGACAAACACUUUUGAAAGAUUUCAUUUAUCCGAACCGUUCAUCUAUCAAUUACAGCAAUCGUUCGAACCAACGCUUGAUUUUAGCGAGAAACAAUUUCGUUCAUUAACAGAUGCGAUUCUCAAUAACAAAGCUGAAUAUUCCAGUCUCCAAUUCGAUAUUGGACGAACAUUGGUACCGGCUGGUGAUAUGAAAGAGUCAUCAACCAAUGAUUUCAGUCAAUCGGACUCGGGUUAUUCAAUGACAACUGCAACAUAUGAAAGUCUAGCUGGAAAAGUGAAAAAUGAAUUUGAAACGAUCAAUGAACCAAUACCUGAUCAAGCCAAUGAAUCUGAUAAGACUACAGGCCAAAGUAAUCUGACAGAUGAACCAGAUUUGGAAAGUUCACGCUCAAGUGACGUUAAGUCGAUCGUAGCUCCAGAUGUGAAAGAAAAUCUCGAAACAAAAAGAGAUUCCAGACGACUUUCCGCAGAAAAAAUUGCAAAAAAAGAGGAUCGACCAGCGACGCCAGUCUAUAUAAAAAAACGAAAAUCAACUGGCUUAUUUUCAUGCUUUGGAAAUAAAAAAGCAAAAGCUUCAACCGAACAGACUGGUCAAUCGACAAUCACAGCACCAUCUGUUGUCGCGACGACCGAAACAAAUAUUGUACAAACAAAAUCGCCUAUUGAAGAGAGACCAGUAAUUGAUUAUACGAUUUUACCCGACGGCAAACGCAUUUAUAUUGAUGCGUUUCAAGAUCGGCCAGGUCUUGACAUGUCAUAUAGGCCAGAGAAUUUCGAUACUCAAUUUGUCCUACCUAUUGCCAAGCCAAGUAGCGAGUACGAAAGAGCUAUGACACCAACGGAUAUAGAACUGCAAACACCAACAAUGGAAGACAAACCAAUCGUUCAUCUCGAACCACGAUCAGCAACAGCUGAACCUGAACAUCAUAGUCAUAUUGAAACGUUCGAAGAAAAGCCACAUGUUCACUUGGAACCUCGGGCACCAACCAUCGAACCAGUUGAUGUCCAAGCAGAGAAGACCGAAGAGAAACCACGCGCUCAUUUGCAACCACGAUCACCGGUUAUCGAACCAGUCGAUGUUCAAGCUGAAGAAAGUGAACAUAAAGUAACUACACAUUUGGAACCACGUGCACCCACAAUUGAGCCAGUCGAUGUACAACCUGAACAGGCACCUGCUAUUGUUCAUGCCACCAAACACGAAGAAUCAACUGUUUCGAAAAUAAAUACACCAGUAUUGUUACAGAAUCUACACGGUGCAGCUGUUGAUUUACCAGAAGUUGAACUCGUGGAACCAGGACCAUUGCCAACAUUACCAACACUAACGGUCACAAAAGAGAAACACAAGAAAUCAAAAGAACCGAUCGUCUCAACCACGCCCACAGAAAAACCAGCCAAAACGAAAAAAGUAAGCGCUGGUCUAUGCGCAUCAUGUUUUGGCGCUAAAGCAGCUGAAAAGAAGAAGAAAGAAACCAAAUCCGACACUGUUAAAGCACCUAUUGAACAAAAGAAAGUUGAAGAAGAAGUUAAGAAAGAUGAACCACCAGUGACUACGAUUGAAACUACAACAACUAUUGAGUCCUCAUCACAACCAGUGCCCACUCAAGAAGCUAUCGAAUUAUCAAAUGUUAAUAUUGACAAUUAUCAAGAACGAACUCUUCUGAAGAGCAGUGAAAGUCUCCCGAAAUUAGACGACCGUCUAGAUGCUACGAUUGAACAUAUCGUACCGACUGAAGAACCUCAUUAUCAAUUACCAUCCAGCGAGCCGGUGCCGCAAACUAUUAUUGAAAAUGAGUAUUCAUUACCUGCACAUGAUACAUAUGAUGUGCCUCGUUCAAUCGAAACACCAAGUGAACAAAAUAUUCAAGUGAAUGUAGAAGAAACAAUUUUGCACACAGAGAAAACAGUUCAAGUUGAAAAAGCAAGUGAAGAUGUGGUUUCAAAAGAACAAAAAUUCGAAUCAACUAUUGAAACUAUGCCUAAUGUUGAAGUUAAAGAGUCCAGUACGAAAGGUUCUUACACAUUACCAGCGAAAUCAUCGAAAACAAAGAAAGUCAAGGAACCUAAAAUCAAAGAGAAGAAAGUUAAAGAACCAAAAGUGAAAAGUGAAAAGAAACCUGGUUUAUUUGCCAAUCUCUUUCGUCAUAGUGAUCGUAGUCCAAGAGCACCAGCACUCGAUUUACCAUCCGUAGAACGUGAUCUAUCACCCAACAAUGAACUACGUGCAGCUCAUCGACAGGACAGUGAUCCUCUACGAGUACCAAAUGUUGAUUUACCCGCACCUGAUAUCGAAUUGCCUACCUAUGAUAAAGCAGAAGUGAACAUGGCAACUGGACAGACUAAAUCUUCAUCAUCAGAAUUUGCCAUUCCAAGUGUGAAUUUGCCACCCAUACCAGAUUUACACUUACCUGGAAAUGAGAAUCAGCCAGUUGAUUCAACUACGAAUUUGAUGCAAGUUCCAAGCGUUCAAUUACCUGAACUUGAAUUCACAUCCAAUGAAACUGUAUCGACUACCGAACUCAAACCGGUUGAAACUCCUGUCAUCACAGAAAUCAAACAAGAAAAUCAACUGGAGCAAUUGCCAGCAUCACCUGUUCAAGAGACGUUAGAUAUUCAAGCUGAUCAGAUAGUUUCUUCAAAUGAAAAUGAUUCACCUAUUCCACAAUUACCAAAAUUUGCUUCGGAUGACGCAGAUCUCACGCCAAAAGUGGAAUUACUAACAACGGAACAAAAAUAUUCCAUUACUGAUACUCAAUUUGUGGCACCUCCCGAACUACCCGUCAUCGUUGACAAACAAAUAACUGAACAAGUCGAAACUCCACCGAAGCUCCCAGAUUUUACUUUCGAAUUGCCUACGGAAGAACCCGUGGAAGUUGUUUCAAAAAAUGCUGCAGUUUCUCCACCGUCAUUUGACGACGAUGUACCAUCAGCUGCAUCAAAGAUCGUGCCAGCUAUCGAAGUUUCCACUCUACCCAUCAAAACUGCAGAAAAGGAAGUCAUCGAAACAAAAACCGAAACCAAAAAGAAAUCUUCUACGCUUGCACUUUGCUCAUGUUUUGGCAAUAAAUCGAAUGUUCAAAAGACCAAAACGCUUCCUGCGCCAAAAGAGAAGAGCAAGCCGAUUGUCCCACCCAAAUCUGAUCUUCCAGAAGUUGAUAUGCGGAUUCCAUCAUCAAAUAUUUCCUCGACAUUGAAAACCAAAGGUUCAUUGCACGCACCAAGCACUGAUCUUCCACCGGUAGAUUUAACUUUACCUGCAACCGAGCCCGUUCAUCUACCAGCUCUUCAUGCUCAUGAAAAGAAACGCAAAGCGCCUAAGAAACCGGUUGUUAAAGAAGAAAAGAAAGUUAAAUCUGAAGCCAAAGCGAGCCCUGAAGCAGUUGUACCAACAACAGUGAAUGAAGUAAAUGUACAACAAGAAACUACUGUUACUCCAGUCAUUGAAACAAAAGUGGAAGAACAACACACAACUGAAGUGCCGGUUGCGAUUGAACAAGUUCAAGAAGAAGUAACAAUAUUAACAACGCGAUCACCGACUCCUCCACCGACAGUUGUUGAGAAGCACGUUGAAGAGCCGAUUGUCGAUCGACCCCCUAGUCCGGCACCUAUCACUAAAGCCCAACCCGUCGAAGAAAUAUUGGUUACUUCACCUGUUGAAAAAGAACCAAUUGAAGAAACCAAGACUGAAUCAUCCGUUGCGAAAUCAACCGUGGAAAAGAAACCUGUCGAAGAACUCAAAGAAUCUCAUAGCGAAUCAAAGAAACAUUCAGCACUCGAAAUCAAAGCACCUGCAUAUAAUAUUCCUGAACUGGAUUUAUCAGGUCCACCGAAAAGUGAUUCCUAUGUGUCUUCAUUGAAACAUGAAGCAUCGAUAGCAACUCAAUCUCGUUCGGAUAGCGGCCUUGAAGCGAUCAUUUCAUCUCAUCUUCAUCCAUCGUCAACAUUCGGUACAAACCAAACCAUCGAAACUCUUAACCAACACCCGUCCGUUACUUCAGGUUUAGGCAGUGAUACUGUCGCUAGUAUAACAACCAAAUCAUCAACAGUACCUGACAUUCAAGUCGAAAAGACGACUACUUCACCUAAGCGUGAAAACAGUUUCUCACGACAUGACUUUACUCGUAAAAUCAGUAUCAAUGACGAAUUACGUUCGAAACUAAUCUUUCGACAAAACGAUUUGAAGAAAUGUUUGGAAGGUGAAAUCUCGAAAUCGAUCGAGGAUUUUGAUGCGAAGAAAGAUCAGAAAUCUCUCAAUAAGAUUCUUACACACGCAAUCGAUUUGAUCAAAGAUAAGAAAGUCACAACGUAUCCUGAAUUGAAACAAAAACUAAUCGUUGAACACAAAAAUGACGCAUUCAUCGUUGAUCCUGUCGUUCGAUCACUUUAUUGCACAAUCGAAAAAGAAGGUUUGGAUAAUCUCGAUACACCUGAAUUUCCCUUAGCUAUUCGUGAUAUGGUACGUCUUCCGGCUAAACAAACAUUUGACACCGUUGCGCAUUUUAACAAAGACACAACAGAAGAAAAGUCACAUAUAACAAAAGAGCAAUCAUCAACAAAACAUUCUUGUUUGACUUGCGGCCGUUCGAAAUCAUCGAAAUCUAAAGUUCCAUCAACACCAACAACUACAGCAGUCAGCAGCGGAUUACUCGAUGAUCGUCGCCGUGUGCAACUGAAUACUCAUCGAAAUGAACUAGGCACAAUUCUUCGUGAUCACAUUCAAUCAAGUCAACCGCCCAUUCGACAAUUCCCCGAACAUACAAAAGAAGUCGAAAAGAUCAUUCGAAAAACUUUAACGCUUGUUACUCAACCGAAAAUUCUCUCCUACGAACAGAUUCGUAAUGAUCUAAAAUCGGAAUAUAAGCAAACAUUCUAUCUUGUUGAUCCAACAGUUGACAUCGUUCGUGAUACAUUCGAUCAUUGUGAUAUAACACAAAUGAAUGAGAAGACCAAUCUCGACAUUCUCGACUCGAACAUAACUCAAACAGCUAAUCUUUACAAUCCAUCGAUGAAUCGAGUGAGUUUACUAACCAAUGAAGAACAAAACUUAUUGAAAUCCAAUCAAUUAUCAUGGCUCAAUCAAUAUCUAAUCGACAAUGAAUUGAAAGAGAAGAAAAUCACGAAAAAGCAAAACAAGGAAUUAAGUAAAAUCCUCACGCGCGCAAUAGACCUCCUCUCUCUGAAUCUAAUCUAUUCAUGGGAUGAACUUAACUCUCAAUUACGACGAGAAUUUCCCAAAGCACACGAUCUAUGUGAUCGAGCGGUUGAAUUAAUCAAACAAGCACAAAAGGAUGGAUUAUUACUGUUACCGCAAUCACCGAAUGCCGUUCAACAGGAUGUUACAUCAGUCAAUAUCAUCACUGCCAAUGGAAAACGACGUGUCUCAUCAUUGAUAACUGAUCGUGCUCGACAGAAUCUGAAAAAUAAUCGAAAGAAGAUCGUCGCAUCGAUUACAGGUUUAUUGUUGGAGUAUAAUAAGACUUUAUACACUGAACAUCAAAUUGAAAAUUAUGUGAAUAAGACAUUUCAUUGCUUGGAAGGUCAAAAGACAGGUCAAUUCAAAGAUUAUAAUGAUGUGAAAGACAAAUUGAAGAAAGAUUUCAAACAUAAUCAUGAAAAAUUAAUUGAGCAAAUUGUCGAUGUCAUCGAACAAGCACACGCAACUAACCAAUUCGAUGAUCUUGACAAACCUGAAGUACAAACAUUAAUGAGAGAUCGACUUGAUGGAAAACCUUUGGUUAUUAAAGAAAUGUACGUUUCAUUGCCACCACGUGCUGGUGCAUUUGGUCCAUCGAAAUAUGGUCAUGAUGACUCCGGACAUUAUUUAUCAACAUCUAUCAAUGGUGAUCGAACAUUGAAUAGUAGUACAUCAUCACAUCGUGUGGGUCGUGGUUUGAGUUGGCGAGAAGCAAAUGAACGUGCUCGAAUUCUCUUUUAUCGUGGCAAACAUCCAGCUAUUCAUUACGAUGAACAAGCGGCUGGUUUUGAUGUCCGAAUGUUAUUGGAAACAACAGCAGGUGGAACCCAAGAAAUACCUGUUACAGACAGUGAUGUUCAUGAAUUACUCAAUUCAUGUGGUGUUCAAUGGGAUGGUGUGAAUAUCAUAUCUUUAGUUGAUCAUAGUGAAGAUGUUGUUCGUGCUGCUGAACAAGCUGCCUUGAAAGUAAUCCGUGAAAAGGGUCUUGUAGAUCUCCGAACACCUCCAUCAGCACGAAAUACAGAUGAUAAUGAUGAACCUCAAUCAUCUUGA